AUGUGUAUUAUUUUUGCAACAGCAACCGCAGAAUCUAAUAUCACAGUCAGUUGUCCACCUACAACACAGCAGUACUGUCAGCAGACGACAACUUCAACAACAACUUCAACAACCACGGUAACCACGAUAACCAUGACAACCAUGAAUAUGACAACAACUACAGAGACGAAAUCUUCAUCUUCCACAACUACUUCGAAUGAACCUCCGACCACACCUACAACGGCAGCAAAAAAUGAAACAACUGCCGCCGGAGUGACGUCAUCAGACCAGAAAGAUAAUAACUUACUGGCGGCAGUGAUUGGUCUGGGAGUGCUGGUGGUUCUGUUGUUGAUUGUAAUUGUCGUACUGUCGUGUUGUCUCUACCCAAGGUGCUGCACUAAAACAAAAGACGAUGUUGAAAAGGUUGCCGUUGAUAAUAAACAAUCACCGCCGCCACAUGAUUUGACACAAACAAUGAGACCAGACUUAAAGCAGCCAGAUUGCAGUCCUACAUCAGAAAUUGUUGUUCCUGUAAAUGCAGUAGACUUUGGAUGUCAGGUUCAGAUUGAUCAAGUGUACACCAAGGAAGGUCUCAUGGAACAGGUUAUAAUACAAAAGGCUGAAAAUGCUACUACAAAAAGAAUGGAAACAACGAUUGAACAUGCAGAGACUGGAUGUCAGGUUAAUCUAUUUCCACCUGAGAUUAAAGCAGACAAGAGCAAAACCGACGAAGGGGCAGACAGAUUACCUCAGAUACAAUUAAUUGAUAAGGAGACUUUAACUUUAUCAAUAUCGCAGUCAGACAGACAGACAGUGUCAGACAGAUGUUCUACAAAAGAAAAGUAAGAAAGUUCAAGCAAAUAUUGUAAUAAGCACUCCUGUCAAAAUUGCCAGCUGUCAAACGGAUACAGUCUUGAAAGAUGACGUCAAACAGGAAGAAUCCAAACCAGUAACAACUGUGCCAAAUGGAACAAUUCCAACAUCACCACGUGAUGAGCGUAGUGCAAUCCCGAUGAAAUCUGAAGGUGUAAUUCCGGCGAACCAUCGGAUCAAAAAGAAGAUAAGGAAGAAGAAAAGAAUCAUUGAAAGCGAUGAAGAACCUGAUCUUCGUAUUUCAAACAUAUCUCCAGCAAGUCUAGAAGCUGUCACACCAGAAAUUAGACAUGAAUCUCCUGCAAAUCAAACAUUUUUGUAUAAAUUGGAAACGGAAAUGGAAGAAGAUAUGUCUGAUGAAAGGGAUACAGAAGUUCCUGGAAAGUAUGAUAAAGAUGUCCGAACAAUUCAUGUAAGACCGGAAAGUCCGCCGUCAGACGACCUCUCUGCUGAGGUAAAUCAUGUACUGAAAAUCCGAAAAAUAUAACAAAUUCGUUCUUUGGAAAGAAAGAUAUGAGGAAAAGAUGAUCAGUAAACAAUCCAAGAAAGUGCGAAAGAAAAAACAAGCCAACAAAAGCUUUAUUUAUCAAGUGUGAUUUUUUUUCAGCCAACUUUUAGGGCAUUAGAUUAAAGAGACAUGUCUUUUGAUGAAUAUCAUUAAUUUCUUUUUUAAAGGGUAUAACAAUUUACAGUAUUAUUAGAGAAUGAUGAGACAAUAUUGUUAAGUUUUAUGAAGUACGGCUUCACUCUAUGGUAAGCAGUUUUUAAAUCCUACCAGGACUGAACUGUUUUGAUAUCUGUCUUCUGGCCUAUUUCGUCGGGCCCUUAAGGGUGUUUUUCUUGUUGCUCUGUCUUCUGUACAUACUUUUUUUUUGUUCUUAAGGUUUGCUUUUUAUAUAUUUAUACACGAGCAUUUUUGUGUUUUACAUGCCGUGCCUUUUUGUUUCCAUUACGUGUGUUGGAGCUUCACCUGGAGGGGAUUACGUUUAUUUACACUGUCCCGUGUCUUUGGAACAUGGUGAGGGUAAGAGUGAGGUUGGGUGCGCACCAUAAACCGGUUUAAGCUCCCAAGUUGUGUUUUUGCCACUGACCGUUCCAAGGCGGUGCCCCACUGUGUUCCUUUGUUUGUUCGUUUUGUCCUAAUGUGUUGGCUUUGUGCGUGUGUGUGUGUGUGUGAUGCACGCGUCUGCGUGCUAUGUGUUUCGUUUUGGGGAGGCUGCGUUUUUGGUACGUGGCAUUCCCUGUUUGAUAUUUGUCUUUGUUUUUCAUAUUAAAUUACU